UAAAAAAAACACUCCAGCAGUUCUUGAGCUAUGAUGUCAAAGACAGGCCUUAUGACACCUUUAUAUUUGCUCGGGGGAAAAAAAAUAAAAUACUUAAGGACUUAUAGACACUCUCAAGAAUUGUGUUGCUCAGCAUUGACCAGCACACAAAAAAAAGAAACAAAAUGUAUAUACUUUCUUUGUUUAUUGAUUGAUUGACCUAUUUUAACACUAAAUAGCUAUUUACACCUAAAUGUAGUCUAACAAUGUCAAAAAUAACUUCAAGAACUUCUAACAUAAAGUUAGCAGCACAUCGGGAAACUUCUCAAUGUUGUGAAUAUUAGCAAUUUAACUGAAGUAAGUUAACUUUACAAACAUUGUGUUCAUUAAUCAAAAGUUUGGCGCAGCGCCUCACAUCCUCCAACUCCGCCUCCGCCCACCCCUGCUCCUUUACAAACAUAUCUAUACAACAUAGAUUUUCUGUUUUAGGUCUUUCACAAUUCUGCUAUUUUACUUGGCAACCCAAGAAUGGAAAAGGUCAAUAUUUGACAAAUGGCUGAGCUAUCUGGCUAUCUGUCACUUUCCUGUGGAAUAAACAUCACACAUAGAUCGUUUAUUUACUUUUUAAAAUAUAAUGGAUGAAAUCUGUCGAUUAUGUUGUUCUACAAAGUUUGUAAAUAAUAGUAUAUUUGAUGAGGAAAAUGCCCUAUAUCUUAAAAUGUCGUUAUAUUUACCGAUAAAGGUAUUUAAGAAUGAUCGUCUCCCGCAGAAGGUCUGUGACAAAUGCAGCUGUAAAGUGAACGACUUUUAUCAGUUUUGUAACGAAACUAUCGAAGUUCAAAACAGAUUACGUGGUGUCCUGCUCUCUUCAGAGAGCUAUGCAGAUGAGUCUGUAGAUCUCACACUUGUAAAGCAGUGCGAGUCCCCUCCCCCCGGCAACACAUACACAGCUCACUGUGAGAGAAGCACGCAGACAGACAGCCCCCAUACCACCUAUGACAGUUAUGUUGUCACACAAAUCAAAGAGGAACCUAAUGUUCCACUGUCACCCGUCAAGAAAGAGGAAGAAAACCAUAACAGUAUAGACUCUGAUCACUUUGAUGAGCAGUCCUCAGACAGUGAAGACGUAUCAUUAAUUAAUUUAAAAAAGAAAAAGAGUAAAAAGGCUGGAGUGAAUGGAGUCAGUACUGAGAAGCGAGGUCGGAAGAAAAAGGAUGACAUAAAAGACUUGGAGGUGCUGAUGAAGUCCCUGCCGGAAGCCACUCUCAGCCUGGUGAGCAAGGAGCAGGUGUCAGACACACUCAGCACCAUCAAGGAGGAGCUAGAGGAGCCCGGGCUGCUGCAGGAGAUGGACACCUUCCACUGCUGCGUGUGCUUCAUAACAUGCUACAGGCGGAGUGAUAUGUUGAAGCAUUACAGACAGCACGCGGCGGAGUCCCCGGGCGAGGCGCCGCCGCAGCCGCCGCCGCCCGCCGCCGGCCCGCUGCGCUGCUCGCGCUGCCAGAAGGGCGUGUCGCAGUCGGAGUGGGCGAGUCACUGGGCGCGACACUGGGCGCGGGACCGGCGCCCCUACCGCUGCGCGCUCUGCGAGAAGACCUUCCGCGACCCGCGACAGAUACUCAAGCACGCGACGACGCACAACUUCGAGGAGGGCGUGAGCUCGGAGCCGGCCAACAAGCGCUUCGUGUGUGACCUGUGUCCCGAGGGGUUCGUGUACAUGCGGUCGCUGCUGUCGCACCGCACCCGCUCGCACCCGGAGGCGGCGGGUCGCGCCCUCUCGCUCCGCUGCGGGCUGUGCGCGCGCCAGUUCUCGCACGUCAACUCGCUGCGGCGGCACCUGCGCUCGCACUCGGGCGAGAGGAACUUCCUCUGCAACGUCUGCGGGAAGGCGCUCUCCUCGCGCGAGCAUCUCAAGUUCCACAUCCGCAUCCACACCGGCUACAAGCCCAACGUCUGCAAGACGUGCGGCAAGGGCUUCGUGAAGAAGUGCAACCUGACGCUGCACGAGCGCGUGCACUCGGGGGAGAAGCCUCACGUGUGCUCGCACUGCGGGAAGGCCUUCAGCCAGCGGUCCACGCUCGUCAUACACGAACGCUACCACAGCGGCGCGCGGCCCUACUCGUGCGGCCUGUGCGGGCGCGGCUUCGUGGCCAAGGGACUGCUCUCCAUGCAUCUCAAGACCACCUGCAUCUAGCCAGCACACUGCCACUGCGAUGUCCAGGUGUGUCUGCACAGCGGAGCCGCGCGGCCAGACUGAUGUAUGUAGUGUGUACAUACCGCGCACAUGUGUGUGUACACCAACACACCGACUUGUGAUAUGUAGUCUAAUCCUGUUAUAUGUUCCUGCCCGUACAUGCACUCGUUAU